CUGACCGUCCGCUUGUAUACCAGAGUCUCCGAUUUUCUACAUUUUCUCCUUAUAACAACUCUGCCAAGUGCCUUAAAAAUCUUCGAGCAACAUAGGAUCUUAAGGCUACUAUUUCACGACCAACAUGGCUUCCUCAGCCUUUUCUUCUCCUUGCCUCCAAUCGCAAUUCAAGUCCUUGAGAAAAUCAUCUAAGCCCUCCACUCGACGAUCCUUUUUCAACCCAAUCACAGCUUCUGUGUCUGAAAAACCAACCAUUUCUAACUUACCGGAGACUGUUUCCCCAACUGAAUCUUCCAAACUUCCCCUUCGCAAAAUUCCCGGUGAUUAUGGUCUCCCUUUGAUUGGCCCCAUCAAAGAUCGACUUGAUUAUUUCUACAAGCAAGGCAAAGAGGAGUACUUCAAAUCCAGAGCUCAAAAGUACCGGUCAACGGUGUACAAAGCCAACAUGCCACCUGGUCCUUUCAUCUCUCCUGAUCCACGCGUGGUCGUCGUCCUUGAUGGGAAGAGCUUUUCUGUUCUUUUCGAUGUAACCAAAGUCGAAAAGAAAGACCUUUUUACUGGUACUUACAUGCCCUCCACAGACCUAACCGGCGGCUACCGUAUUCUCUCAUAUCUUGACCCUUCUGAGACGAAACACGGCCAACUCAAGCAACUCUUGUUCUAUCUUUUGAAAUCUCGCCGCGAUUACGUAAUCCCUGAGUUCAGUUCGACUUAUAGCCAACUGUUUGAGAGUCUGGAGAAGGAUCUCGCGUCCAAGGGCAAAGUCAGUUUCAAUGAUCCCGGCGAACAAGCUGCCUUUAGCUUCUUGGGUCGGUGUUACUUCGGCGUAAACCCCGUCGACACUAAAGUGGGGACUGAUGGACCUACUCUGAUAGCUAAAUGGGUACUGUUUCAACUCGCUCCUAUUCUCACACUUGGCCUUCCGGCAUUUAUUGAAGAACCCACAAUCCACACCUUUCGUCUCCCUGCGUUUAUCAUCAAGAAAGAUUACCAGCGACUCUACGAUUACUUCUACUCCUCCGGCGGAUCCGUCCUCGAUGAGGCUGAGAGAAUGGGGCUCACGCGAGAAGAAGCCUGCCACAAUAUCCUUUUCGCUACGUGCUUUAAUACCUUCGGUGGCCUUAAGAUCUUCUUCCCAAACGUACUCAAGUGGAUCGGCCGUGCAGGAGUCAAACUCCAUACGCAGCUGGCACAAGAGAUUAGAUCAGUCAUAAAAUCCAAUGGUGGGCAGAUCACGAUGGCUGCUCUAGAACAGAUGCCACUGAUGAAAUCCGCGGUCUACGAAGCAUUCCGUAUCGAACCUCCAGUACCAGCGCAGUACGGGAGAGCAAAGCGUGACUUGAUCAUUGAAAGUCACGACGCAGCGUUUGAAGUAAAAGAAGGCCAGAUGAUAUUCGGGUACCAACCUUUCGCGACUAAAGAUCCGAAAAUAUUCGACAGACCCGAAGAGUACGUUCCAGAUCGGUUCGUAGGCGAGGGAGAAAAGUUGUUGAAACACGUGCUGUGGUCAAAUGGACCAGAGACUGAGCAUCCAACGGUGGGAAACAAACAGUGUGCGGGCAAAGAUUUCGUGGUAUUUAUAUCUAGACUGUUCGUCGUUGAAUUGUUUCGACGAUACGACUCGUUUGAGAUCGAAGUUGGGUCAUCGGCGUUGGGGUCUUCCAUCACGAUUACGUCGUUGAAAAGAGCAAGUUUCUAAGGCAGUUGUGGAAUUGUCAAAUAAAAAUGUGAAUGUCGCAGGUAAAGUAAUCUGUGUAAUAAUGGCUGGAAAAUUGAUAUGGAAGCUGUGGAAACGUGAGGCCUAGUGGCUUCCUUGCUUUUUAUCUUUGUAUCACAUUCAUGUGCAGUGGAAAUAAAAUUGGAAUGGGACGUUUUUAAUUA